AUGAUGUCUUUUAUCCUCACUUUGCUUUUCGUGGAAGCUCUACAAGCCUUUGGUAUGUCCCAAGAAGAUAUCUUGGAUGGUGACAAGACUGAGUGUGUUCCUGCCGGCGGUAAGAUAGUCCAGCGCAAGUCAAUAUAUCUGUCCGUAUCCAUAUUAAUGACAAUAUCAUCACUGCAGGCUAUUGCGGCGGUGGAGAAAAGCGCUGCCAGCUCUGCAUUGGCAUCCACUAACUCUGUCGAUUUCAUCGGCUUCAUUCUGGGAGAGGACCGACUAUACUAUGUCCUGAUGAAAGGGCUGUGGCAGGAUGUUUCGUAUUAG